AUGCAGAAGAAGACCCUUGUGAUCAGUAUUAUAGCGGCGCUCGCUGUCAUAGUUGCAGUUAUUGUGGUUGCUUUGACAGUGUCCGGCUCAGAUGCCUCUACUACAUCCAGUAAAGGUGACAAUGAACGAUCAGACGCUACAGAGAAGCCGCGCAAGAAAGACAAGCUGCAUAGUUUUAAGCAUGAGAACUCCAGUGAUGGGUCGCUGGAUGAGGAUGAAGAAACGACGGAUCCACUGACGGAGACGUACUCGGUAUCUGCUCUUGCAAUCGGAGACUGGGGUCGUACUAUUGCUAAAGAUGGCGGCUCUUGUUGCGCACGUCGCAAAGCCUUUACAGUGUUGGACUACAACGCGAUGGAGUAUGUGGCUAUUCUGUUGGGUCAGGCUGCUGCAGCAUUGCAACCUCGUCCGUCCAUCGUGAUCGGCCAUGGCGACAAUUUCUAUUGGGACGGACUGCACGGCGUCACAGACCAAGCUUAUCGAUUCCAACAGACGUUUGAAGAUAAGUACAAUAUGCCGAGCUUGACUGGAAUUCCCUGGGUGAACGUCAUGGGCAAUCAUGAUUAUGGGGGUGCAAGCUUUGUGUGCACAGAUGGACAGCAGGCCACUGAGUGUGGGUCGACAGCUGAAUUGCUGGCAUCAUUGGAUCAGAAGUUUACCCUACAGUCACAGUACGUGAGUCCACAGGACAAUCGGUGGAUCAUGCCCGACCAUUUCUUCGUGCACUCGAUCGCUGACCCCACAUCGAACGUAACAAUUGACAUUUUUAACCUUGACACGAACGACGCCGACUCACACGGUGCUCAGCAAGUUUGCUGCCAAUGUUAUGGCUACUCUGGUAAAGACGAUGACUCUUGUGAAAAUGUAAAGCGAGGUGACAGUCUAUGCGCCGGAGGUGACACGAGUAUGUUUGAUGCAUGCAUGGCAAAAUUCCAAGCUUGGGGUGAUGACUCACGUAAGAAACUUGUCGAAGCUGCGAAAGCUUCGAAUGCGACUUGGAAAAUUGUGAACACGCACUAUUCUCCAUACAACCACUAUGCUCCUGACCCCGCCGAAAAGUGGCGUGAGUUGUUAGAUGGUUUGGGUAUUCAAGUAUUCUUUUACGGUCACACCCAUGGUGAAAAACACGACUACUCGGCAUUUAAGACGCAUUUUAUCGAGAAUGGUGCAGGAGGAGGUAUUCAAAACGAAUCACCUAGCGGAAUUCCUCCGUAUGCUGAAGACUAUGUGAAGAAUGUAUGGGCAGCUGGUCAUUAUCCUUAUGGCUUUUUCUCAUUGAAUGUCUCUCCUACGUGGUUAAAAGUAAGCUUUAUUACGUUUGAUGAUAGUUGGUCAAUGACUAAAGAUGUGGAUGCAACGAUUGUUGGUGGAAUGGCUGUCAAACAUUGUUGGUACAUUCCACAACGUGGUGGACGAGGAAAAAGCUGUAAAGAUGCUGAAACGCAAUCGACGGGUUUAGUCUAG